GUGUCAGUUGUGGAAAAAUAUAUGUCUAUUAAUAAUACAAUAAUAGAUUGAAAUACAUGUAAAUAGUUGUGCAAUGAUUACAACAUUUGCUUUAAUUAAAUGCAAUUUAUUCUAAAGCCAUGACAUUGUUGUCCAUCGAAACACUGAUUCAUAUGAAUUACAUUCAUAUUAGUGACCAAUGAGUCCAUCAAUGAAUCAAUCGAUGUCUUAAUGAAUGUCAUGAAAGUCAUAACGCAUUGAAAACAAUCAUUGAUUUCAUUGUUUACUCCUUAUUGUGAUUAUCACCACAAGUGGACCACAAACUGACCAGUAGUUGAUGUGAGCGAUGGACUCAUCUGAAGUGGACUCAGAUCUGACGGCAUAUAAGUCGGAACUGAAUGGAUUGACAUUCAAUUCAAAACCAUUGAUAAAUCUGUUAACGAUGUUAUCUGAAGACUAUAAGGACACGAAAGCGCCACAAAUAGUGUCGUGUAUUGAACAUCGACUUCACGAGGUGUCAAAUGACAAGAAGUUACCGAUUCUGUAUUUAUUGGACUCAAUCAUCAAGAAUGUGGGCAAUACUUACGUGAAUUUAUUUACUCAAAACAUUGUCUCUACGUUUUGUGAUGUCUUCGAGAAAGUGGACGAAAAAACACGAUUAUCACUGUAUAAGUUGCGACAGACGUGGGCCGACAUAUUUCAUCACAAAAAACUAUAUGCUAUCGAUGUCCGCAUACAUAACCAGUUGGACCCGGCCUGGCCUAUCACAGCUCCCAAACCAGAUAUCACUUCCACGGCCUCGACUACAAAGAAUACCAAGAAUUCAACGAAACCAUUGGUUCAGUCAGGUGUAAGGCCAACGCCGAGUGCACCCCAACAACAGGUACACAUAAAUCCCAAAUUUUUCAACGAUCCUAAUCGUCAUCCAACAAUAUCUUCGGGACCCGACUCAGAGAUGGCGAAACAGUUAUUACAAAAACAAAACGAAAUACUUCAACUACAAGAAGUAUUGGCUAAACAGAAGGUCGAGUUGGAUAAGCAGAACAUGAAUGUAAAGAGAAAACAUAGUGAAGACAUCCGAGUGAUUGAGGAAGAAGAGAAAAAUUUAUUGAAUCGACAUCUGAAUCGACCGAAUAGUCCGAACGGGAAAAAAGUUAAAAAACGAAAACGAAGUCAACGGAGUCCCAGUCCUAGCAGUCAUAGUAGUUCUCAAAAGAGUCGAAGUUCUCCUCAUCGGUGGAAUUCAAAUGAAAGAGUCAAAGGAAGUCCACAACCAGUUGUUCGAAGCAAUCCUUCGUAUACAAUGAGACAAAAUAAUCACAGACCUACUAAAAGUUUAUCACCUAAUAAUAGUAAAGCAUUCCUUCCUCAGCAAAAUACCGUUACAAUGCCUCCGAUUAUAUCCUCAGCAGGAGUGCAUACCUCUAAAUUACUGCCAUCUCAACCAACUACUGUUCCAACAACCAUACCGGCGCCAACUAUAUUGGCUCAACCGGAAAUGCUUAACAUUACUUCAACAAUUGAAUCAAAUGUUUCGACAUCAUUAAGUUCAAUACGAGCCCAUCCCAGUCAUAUAAGUGUAUCUAAUGUGAUCUCCAGUCAUUCACCGAAUCCAAUUGAAUCCAUGUUUAUCCCGUGGGGACAGGACAGAGAUUAUAGGAAAGACACAAUGGAUUCUGCAAUGAUGACUGCAGCUCAUGAAAAGUUACGAAUGGGAGCUAUUAGUAGUGCUGAUCACGAUAUAUUGACUCAAGAAGUGGAACGACAGAUAAUGGAAAUGCAUAAAAUUAAUUUGAUGAACAAUGUGACCACUCCUGUAGUUAAUGAACCCAAUGAUACCUUUACAAUGUUAGUCGACGGCAAACUCAGAAAAAUAUUUUAUUUGGAUGAUUCCGUUGCAGUCGUGUUAUUAAAUGCACCGCCAAAUGCACCGUUCAGUGACUUAAUCAAUGUUGAAUCACAACUGUUAGAUCCGAGACAAAUCAGUUUUGAAGGAAAGCCCACCAAAGUGUUCUAUGACUGUGACCGCGGAUGUCAUGAUUUUAUAUACCUUGAAUUUGGUUGUUCAGAUCAAGUGUUUUAUCCGAUAACUGUUCCAUGUCCGCAACGAAUUAAAUUUGGUGGACCUGCUAAAGAGAUUAUUUUAAAUGGUCAAUCAUAUGCCGCAAAAUUUGGAGGUCCACCCAUUCAAGUGAAGUUUGAUGGCGACAGUAUAAGAACACAUACCAUCCAAUUAGAUGGACCUACACCUCGUGUGAAACUAUCAGAUGAUCGCAAAUUUGAUUUAUGGCAACAAAUUAAAAACAAAGCCACUUCUGGGAUGAACACUAUGAACAACACAUCUGUGAUUGAAAAUAAAUCCACUGAUGUCAGCGGUUUGCUUUCAAGACUGAUUGCCGCAGGAUUUCUUAAUAACACUUCAGCUGCUGAUAAAAAUGAUACCAAUAAUAGUAGUAAUAAUAAUAAUAGUAAUAAUAAUAAUAAUGAUAACAUCAUUAAUAAUAAUAAUAGCAAUGAUACUAAUGAUGGACGAAAUGAGUCAAAAACAAUACAAAAUGAUAACAAAAAGUUACCAAAAAAAGACUCUAAAAAAGAAUCUAAACGUAAACCUGAAAUACCAAUUGAAUUAACUUCAGACUCAUUAAAGAUAAUCCGUCCAAAUGUUGUGUCCGCUCUUUAUAAUGGUAUUCAAUGUACUAAUUGUUCUCUACGUUUUGAUGAGGAUAACGACCAAACGGAAGGCAGUGAUAAGACACGGUAUGCAAAACAUCUUGACUGGCAUUUUAGACAAAACAGAAGAGAAAAAACAAAACCAAACUCAAAUGCAACGUCUUUAAGAAGAAAUUGGUUUUAUCCGUUAAAUUUGUGGAUUCACUUCAAUGAAGUUACUGAAGAGGAUGAAACAACUCUACUCUUUCACUCAGACAAAGAAAAAGAAAUGGAUACCGAAGAAGAAGAACCAAUUAUGUCAGUCAAAGCGGAAAAGGAUGAAUCACUUAAUUUUUGUGCCGUUUGUAGGGAAAAGUUUGAUCAAAAUUGGAGUGAAGAAGAAGAGGAAUGGAGACUCAAUAAUGCAGUCAAAUAUGACAAUAAAAUAUAUCAUCCGUUUUGUUAUAAAGAUUUAUUGACACAACAGGAGAGAAUGGAAAGAGAAUUAACUGAAAGUAUUAAUGACGACAAAAACAGUACUAUUAAUACAGAUAAGUCCCUCAAAUCAGAGGACAUAAAUUCUGGUAAAACUAAUAGUGAUAUAUUAGUAAAUAAUUUACAAACUGUUAUGAGUGACUCUGAAACUGUUAAUAAAAAAAGUGAACAAAAUGUUGAAGAAAUGGAAACAUCAGUCAAUGAAAUCAUUGACACAUCUGAUGUGAUUAAUAAUAAAAUUAAUGAAUCGACAGAUCCAACAAUUGAUGACAUAAAAGUAAUUGAGUUUGAAAUACCUCUGAAUGUAAAUAAUGAAAUAAAUCAUCAAUUGGUAGACAACAUGUUAGAGACCAAAGAACUAAUAGAAGAAAAUAAAGAAGAAAAUGUCAACAACAAGACAAAUGAUGCGGAGGUAUCUGAAGACAAGAUUGUUCUACAACAGGGAGGGUUUGUUAUCAAAAUGAAGGCAUCAAAUCUUCAAACACAAACAACAGCUCAAUCAUUGGAACCAAUGGAGACAUCAGAACCCAUGAAGUCAGAUGUUAUCGUUAAGGGAAAAGAGAUGUCUUCUCUCUGCAAUAUUUUGUGA